AACUGCCAUCUACCGAAUUACCUAACAAUAUCGCGUGUCAAGUAACUAUGGAAACCGCAAACUCUUAACCGUUCGGUGAUCCCUUUUUCGAUUCCUUCCAGUGGAAAAACUGAAGUAGAAUCAACCCGGAAGAAAUAUUUCGAAAUUAUAACAAAAAGUACAGCUGUCAGUGGUUUUAGUCGUGUGCCUGGUGGCAGAUGUCUGGAUCUCGGCAUCUGGCACCGGUUUUUCCGCGCAUAGUGCCUUUUUCUGAAGAGGAAGUAUCAAUUUAUCGCGUAUAUUCCCGGAACCCGCGACACUCCCUUUAAAAAGAAAAAUCAUCGACCAAUUGAACUCCAACAAUUACAAUAAUUCGAGGUGUAACAAUGGCUUACAAACAGCAACCGGUCCAGGACGAAGUGGAGAUGGAGACGAUGGCGGAGGCUGAAUUGUCUCGAUUAAAACGUCAGUACCGAAUCAUGGAGAAUGAUCGGAUAACUUACUCCGAAAAAGCUAGAUUGCAAUUGAGAAAUCAGCAGAAUAUGAUUGAGAGACUCGAGUAUGAAAAAGCGGAGCUAGUUCUGGGGAUUAAAAUGGCAAAAUCCGAGGCCAACUCCAAGAAGGAUAACGAGAUGGAUGAGAGAUUGAAGUGUCUUCUAGCGAAGAGAGCAAAAUACAUCGAGAUGAUCAAGAAUGAGAGACAACAGAUUGAUGAACUUCAGGAGCAAAUUAUCAAGGUAUCGAAAGAGGUUCAUCAAUUGAAAAUGAAAAUUCGAUCGGACGCUCAAUCAAAAGAAAUAUCGGAGAAGCAUAAUCGCAUGAUUACGACCUUAGAGAACAGGUUGGAAGUAGCAACUAAACGUUUUAACGUUGUCGUGGCUGAAAAUUCUCAGUUGCGUGCUAAGAUAGACAGUUUGCUGAAGGAGCGAGCUCAGUUCAACAUCCUCUGGGCUAAAAUGAUUGGCCAACUCAAUACUGGAAAGUCCGUCAUCAAUGAUCUCAUCGAGCAAGCUACCAUUACCUUCAAUCAACGUGACGAGGAGCUCAACAAGAUCCAUGCACUCAGGGAGAGGGGAGCGAGAGAUUUGAAGGCACAUACUUCAGAACUCUGUGAAUUACAACGGACUCUCGAUAAUGAAUUGAAACUCCAGGAAUUCCUGGGCAUCAAGGGGCAACACCGAGAAAUGGCCGAUUUACAGGCGAAGAAGGAUGCCGAACGUGAAGCUAAACGAGAAGAAAUGGAGAAUAAAAUUGCCUCUUACACUGAGAUAUUGAAUCUCGUUAAAGAAUUCACAGGGGAAGAUGACAUUGACAAGUUAACAGCGCACUUUACGAAACAAGAGGAAGAGAAUUUUGCGCUAUUUAAUUACGUGAAUGAACUGAAUGAUGAGCUCGAGGGUUUACAAACGCGUGUGACUCAAUUGAGAGAUGAAAUUGACGAGGCACACGCCCUAAAUGUACACCGGGGAUGUCAACAGUCUGAGACCCUCGAGAGAAUCUCAAAACAGCUGGAGGAGCAGACAGCCCAGGCAGACGAGGCUGAGGCCAAUCUCACUGAAUGCAACGAGACCUGCGAUAAAUUGCUGGACGGAAUUGAAACUCUCUUUUACAACGUCAAGUGCGAUAAUUCGUCUAUUUUGGAUCUUCUGGGGGAUAACACUCAUGUCACUAUGAAUAAUGUGAUGCUUUAUCUCGGGAUUAUUGAGAAGAGGAUUGGGGAGAUGUUCCACAGGGUUCAUUGGGCUGACGUUAAUUCUGGGAAGAUGGACUUGAGAUUGGAUGAAGAGAAGAGACCGAAGUUUAAAGCUCCUUCGUUGAGUCAACUCGUUCCUACCCAGCCCUGUCCUCUAUGUGUUGAGAAAGAAGAAUUCCAAAUCGUCACAGAAGGUCUCGAAGUGCCGGUGACUCGUCACGAAAUCAGGGAGAAGCUAAAAAAUGUUCUCAAGGAGGAUCACACCGAUAUUUUGCACAAUGUCUCUGGUUGUCACUUGCCAGCAGCUAGGAGAAUUAUUCAGAGGAGAUAUCAAUAA